AUGUCUCUCAUCAGCAUCUUCAUCGGCCUCUGCCUGGCCACAGGCACUUCGGCACAGAGCCUCACAACCAAGGUCUCGCCUACACCCUCCUCUACAGUUGCUGCGGCGCCAACCAACUUUGGCGGCUUCGCGCCGUGCCCUCCUGGCGUUCUCUGCCCCAUCCUGCCCCGGGACCAUGUCCGUCGUCAAGUCGUUGUCACGGUCACCAAUGAAGAUUGCGCCGAGGACCAUAUGUCUUCCGCAUUGCCUGUCGUCCCCGAGUCUACACAGACAGUUAUCGUCUGCCCGCCUGAAGGCUGCGGCCAAGCCUCGACAGCCGCGCCCGUCGAGGCUACCUCCCAGCCCGCGCAACAGCGCGUUGGCGUAUGCCCUCCGGAAGAGUGCCCCGAGUGCUCACCCGACGUCUGCCAGCCCUGCACUGCGGCUGGCGAUUGUCCCUCCUGCGAUGGCGGAGCGGACGCCGGCUGCCUCCCCAUCUGCCCGGACUACUGCCCUCCUGCACCGGAGGCUCCUCUGACGACCGCACUCUCUACUCCCCUGCCAGUAGUGCCGACACCCACAUUCAUGCCCAUCUUCUCGACCAGUGUAGUUGUCCCUGGUCCCGUGGAGACCGCGACUGAGACGGCCAACGACGUUGGCUUUGAGCAGGGCGUUGCCAGCGCCAUCCCCUCUGCUGCUGCCGACAGGCGAGCACACCCCGCCCCUGGUGUCUACAUGGGCAUGGCGGCUGUCUUUGUUGCCAUCAACUGGAUGUAA